UCAAAGGCUCUUUCGCAAAUCUCCACAUUUCAUUACUUCAAAACUAAACAAAGAGAAGAAAACUUUACAACCCUUAAAUCUCUAUCAACAUUCUCCCUCUUUCUAUCUCUGAAUCUUAAAAUGUCCAUCAGUAUUGAAUUUAUGCAUAUAGCUGUCAUAGUGAUCUCUUUGUUGCUUGGAUCAUUGAACGUACAUUCUCUACCAUGUGAAGACAGUAGAUGCAAAACUGGAUCAUGCAACAGCACCGGUGCCUGCAUUUGCAAUCUCCCUGAUCCAUCCACCAUCUUGGGUGGUGAUCGUCCUUUCCUCGGGGGGGAAUACUGUGAUGAAGAGAUGACAAUGUGUGAUGGGACAAAUUCUUUUUGGUGUCAAAACGGUGGGAUCUGUGAAGAGAUUGUUCAGGGUGAGGAUUACUCCUGCAAAUGUCCUCCAGGAUAUGCUGGAGAGCAUUGUGAGCAUCGCGGAGCUCCUUGUGGUAGGAUAUUCUGCUUCCAUGAAGCUGAAUGCCUGGCUGAAAGUGAUGUAUGCGAGUGUUCCCUUAACUGGAAAGGAAGUGUUGAUUGCUCCCUCCCAACAAAAAACAGAACAGAUUCCUUUAUGAAUUCGACUAUGUCUCAAUUGCCACAUUGGGGAAGCAGUAAUAGCGGUACAAGUUGGAUUGUGGUGGUUGUGGCCAUUUCAUUUUCAGUAGGAGCAGUAGCAGGGGGUGCUAUAUAUGCCAAGAAACUGUUCGGCAAGAAAGAAAGCGCUCCAAAAUUUCAGCAGCUAUCACGAAUGCAAAGUCAUGGGAUUUUGGAUGAUGAUGAAGGUGAUUCCAUGGUUCCAGAAAUGACUCGAAAUGGUAACCAACGGCUUUAAAUUUAUGAAGUAUUUGCCAGCAAUGAAACAGUGGUUCGGCUUUGAUCAGACGUUAUAUGGUUCAGUUGUAAUUCACGGUAGCAAUGGAAAUAAUAUCUUUUGUACUUGGAUUUAACGAUUGAGGUGUAUUUGAUGAAAAAAGAUCACAGAGAUACAUUUUCAACAAUGAAGGAUUUAGUGUACAUUUUAGUUCCUUUUUCCA